AUGUUUCGCCUGUUCUUCUUGAUGACUUUGGCCAUUUUCUUGGCCGCUUCCUUUGGAACUUCGCAGAACAAUUCUUCAAAUCAGGUAACUUUAUUAUGUCCGAGUAUCUAUAUUGGCAAGGGAACUGUUCAGGUGCGGUUUUCUUAGCUUUCGAGACUCUGGACAACGCUGUUUCUGGACAACGCUGUUUUUAAUCCGUUCAAUAUCUUGGUUGCAAACUAGAAACUCAGCUAUCAGAGACACAACUUUAAUUUAUCAUUGAUUUCACAGGCAGAAAUUGAAGGGAUAUGCACCGUAGAUAUGGCGUCGGAUACAGCAUUCAAGGCUUUAGAUAAUUUUGCACAUUUCGGCUAGCAUAUGGGCUAUCAUCUUUAGUUUUCAUGAGAUUAUUAAAGGAAAGAAAACAAAGUAGUUGCACUCCAUGCACGAAAACCCAGGGUGGAAAAAAGGGGGUAAAAUUACAGUGUUUGAUUGGUAAGGGGAAAGUCUGAAAACCGUUGGGUCGAGAAUUUCUCGCGAACAGCACGCGCCAACAGCACGCGCGUGUGAACUUACGCGUGAACAUCGCUCUCUCGUUACCAGUCACCUCUUAAUGAGAAACGAACGCCUGUGGAAUAUUUGCCAACUGGGCAAAAAUGUUUUCUCUAAAGAUCUCAGGAAUAUUUUAAAAGUUAUCUUUUACAAGUUGAUCCAAAUCUACCGUGUUCGACUCUCUUCGACUCCUAAAAUAAUUCCCGGGAAGCAGAGCGUCAAUCAGAGAAGCUUGAUUAAGGAGAUUGAUUGUUUAAAUGGCUGUUACUCUUUACAAAAAAUCGUGAGGUCGAAAAGAUGAGCUCAGGUGAGUUUAACUCUUUGACGACUGUUGUUCUUUUUGGUGCUAAUUUUUGAAUCAUGAACAUUUUCCUUCAUGGAUCCAUUCAGCUAUCCAUUUAAGCUCUUAAGAUGGUAAACAGCAAAAUCAGCAAGGAUAGAUCUUUCCACAGGGACGGUCAUUUUAGCACAUUGUGACCAAUCCUAACAGUGUUAAUGCAUCGGUCAAUUCUACUCUACAAUGACUACAAUGGGGACUACUCGUAGUCUAACAAAAAAGCUGCUUAAUUAUAAUCAAUUAGCAGAAAAAUAUGCUUUGAGUGUCAAAAAUGUCUUUUUAGCCAUUCCCAUGCUAGCUAGCCAAAAACCGCUCCAAUAAGGAGGAUUUAGUCAAAAAUACAGUUUUUUGCUUCAAAAUGGCUGUAAUAUAAAAGAGUUAAUUUUACACUGGUAAGCUUAUAAAAGCUUAAAACUUACACUACGUACUUUUGUGUCGCUUGUUUGCUAAUUGCUUAGUCUUUGCAGCUAAGGCCUGUUUCAAAUGUUGUGCUACUGCCGUGCCCUACUCAAUUGAUCGAAUUGAAUUUGACUUUAGCACGGCAGUAGCGCGACGUGUGAAACCAAGUUGUGCUACCCCCAUGCCUAACUCAAUUCAUGAAUUAUGAAAUACAUUAGAAUAUAUUUAAAAGUUUGCUAAGCCGCUUCUUUAUUUUUGUGUUUUGUUUUUGGCAACAGCCAUUCUAUUCGACUGUCAUUGUGUGAAUUAAAUUCGACGUCUCAAACCAAGACGUGCUAUUGUCGUGCUGCAGUCAAGCUACAGUCGAGCCAGCUUAGUGCGGCAGUAGCACGACGUUUGAAACAGGCCUAAGUAUAUUAUUGGACCUUAAGUGAGUUUAAAUAUUCUGCAUUGGCCUUUAAAAAAAAGAACUGUUUUAUUGUGAAGUUUGUUUUCAAAUUAUGUUCCUUUUUCUGUCAAUAAAACUGACCGAUUUGACCUUAUCGAAGGUUAGUUUUUCACUGCUACUUGAACACUCUUAUAAUAUCACUACUAUUUAAACACUCUUAUAACGUUUAUUUCUAGGUAGAUACAGCGAAAUUCGUUGUAUUGCGCGGCGUGUUUUGCAAACGUAGAGGGGAUUUUGGGUUUUUCUGUUCCGUCAAUCAUAUUAGUGAAGGCGGGGUUAAUAUAAUGCAAAUCACAAUGUAAUGUGCUUGCCCAGCUUGGCUGAGAAUGACUCUAGACUGCUCAAGAAUAGCGAAGGAAAUCGCGAUAGUGAGUGGAUUUAUUGUUAAGGAAGGAGGCAGAUGUUGCUUUAUUCUUGCAAGUAACAAGAAUGAGAAAGAUCAUAAAAAUCUGCAAAGCAAACUAAACUGGUCGAUUAUUGCCCAAAAAAGGACAAUCACAAAGCAAUGAACCUUGAAAUGCGAAACAAACAAAACGGAUCAAAAUUCACCAAUCACGAGUCACAAACCAUGACUUUUUGAACUCGUGCAAGUAAACAUGUGUUUCCUAAGAGGUCUGCUAAGAUGAUUGAUGGAACAGAAAAACCCAAAAUAUGCAUAAUGCACGGCGCGAUUCAAUGAAUUUCGCUAUAAUAUGUUGAUCAAUAUAUUGAAUGGAUGUAUAUUUGUAGUUUUUUAUGACAUUAUUGUGAUUAUUGUAAUUCACAGCUUUUGGGAAGAUCAAAGUGCAAUGUAAUGUAAUUUUUUAUCAAAUCUAUAUAGCUAUCUAUCUAUCUAUCUAUCUAUCUAUCUAUCUAUCUAUCUAAAAACACAGGAGUGAAGGGUUCCAUCUAACAUGAACAUGGGAACAUGGAGGAACACAACCCCAUUUACUUUCCCUACUAAAAUAAAAGAACUCGGAAAAAGUGGAUCAGUCACAUGGACUUUUCUUUUCUCUCUUUGGUUCCAUUUUCUUUAGAUAAUUAAUAUAUUUUUCAAAAUGUGUCAGUCAAUGCUGUAAUAGCUCAAACUUUUCUACCAGGCGUGAGAAUAGAACACAGGUGUGAGUAGGAGUGAGAUCAAAGUUUUUUGAUCCACGGGCAUAACAAUUGCUCCUUAGGUGUGAUACGUGGCAGGUAUAAUAAUUUCCUUAUUGCAACUCAGUUUAUGCUAGAGCAUUUUCAUAUCAUUUAUCUAGAGUUUGCAGUCUUCCUUAGGUGAUGAAAGUAUGUUAAAUUUCCCACUCUAACAGACUAAUGGAUCUGCAGCAAAGUCUAAAAGCUGUAAAGUUGUACCUCAAGCUGGUUGCUGUAAGGAUGGUGAGUUGGCAAUAAUUGUAAAAAUUGAUUUGCAGCAGAAUGAUUAUCCAUGGAUGUUGAAAAAAAAAACCAGCUAUCAAAAACGAAAAAAACUCUUCUUAGUAGGUUAAAAUUUACCAGACAUUGAGCUAAAGGCCAGAAAAGUACAUAAUCAUGGUGGCGGGAUCAGUUCAAGUUGCUCAGGUUCUGCUGUAUUCAGGUUGUGUCAGGUUUCAUCAGUAGUUCAGUUGUGCUUCAUUAAUUGCCUCUGUAUUUCUUCAAUAGGCAAAGAUGGAAAGGAUGGACAACAUGGUGGGUCAUGCAUUAACAUGCAACGAUUUUCCUUUAUUAUUAGGCUGCCUGUGAGGGUAACACCCAAAUUAUCAAGAAACGAGAAGCAAAUUCACACUGUUAAGCUUUUUACUUUUUCUUUUGAAAUAGAUGCUCCCAACAUUAUAAGCUGUGCUCCUAAAACUUUCAGCUGUGCACCUUAAAUUUCGGCAGCGCACCUAAAAAUUUACAUCUGGUAGCAAAAGCUCCCAAACUCAAAUUUAAACUUUGAGCCCUGUUAAAAAAAGUAUUUCAAACACCAAAAUUAAGCCAGUGUCACAUUUUAUAGCCAUAGAACGACAAUAAUUUUUGGAAUUUCCUGUUAGAUCAGAUUAGUCAUGUUAGUACUGUCAUGUCAUGCUAUACACUUUUGGUGGCAGAGGGAUGGGAGUGAGAUGUGGAAAUGUCCCAGUUGAAAAUAAUGCCAAUCGUUUCUUGCUCUAUCCCAUUCUCUGGGUUAGCAGUAGCUAUACACUCAAGCUGGUAAAAAGUGUAAAUUUUAUAAUCUACAGGUGUAUACUUCACAAAAUAGUAAUCCACUGCAUCAUGCAGUCGGCAGCCCAAUGAACCUUCACUAUAUGGGGUUCUUGUCACCAUUAACAUUAAUGCUGCAUUAUAGAUUAAGAAAUAAUUAGCCACCAUGGCCACUGGUAUAAUGAAGUGUUGCUUUUGAUUUGCAGGAAAAGAUGGACGUGAUGGAGUGAAUGGUGAUGUACAUUUUAUGUUCCUUUCAUUCUCAAAAUAAAUCUUAGCCAUGGUGCUCACUCUUGUCAUUUAUUGUAGUAACAUAUUUUUGCAACAUUUCUUUACCCUUCCAUCGUAGCUUGUUGUCUGUGUUCUACCCUAGCUUUUAAAUAAUCCAAGGCUGCGCUCCGCUAAGAAAAAUUGAUAGGAGCCCAGUGCUCUGUACCUGUGAAAUCCAGGGUACCAAGUGUAGGAUUUUUUUGAAAAAGCUAAGAUGUCCUAGUCAUCCAAGAUCAGUAAGUAAGGUGCCAGGGGCCACUGGUUGCUGCUAGAGAAUCAGCCCUGUAAUCUGAAUAUUACAUUUUGUUAAUUGUUUUGAACACAGGAAAAGAUGGCCGUGAUGGACGAGAUGGCAAUGGAAUAAAGGUUGGCCUUUCUUAAUGUUAAUGCAUUGUUUUCUCUUUUUGCUUGCAAAGUUCAGAAAUUAAACAAACCAGGGAACUGUAUAUCUCUCUCAGACAUGGUCUCUGUACUAGUGUGAAGAUAACAAGUUGCCAAAAAGAAGUUUUACCGUCUUAAACUAACAUUUUGAACCUUGAGGUAACUUAGAUUAGCUUAGCUACCCGCAGGCAUGUUAUUGUACGUACUCUUACUUCAAAACACAAUAAAAUAAAAUGUAAAAUGUAAAAAUGUACUUGAAAAUCUAGGCUUUUCCCUUUUCAGAGAAAGAAGAGGAAGACAUGAAAUAAUUUUAUAAAAAAUCAAUAGAGUAAAAUAUGUUUUUUUUUUGGAACAACCAACCUUAAGGGGCACUGUCACCAGAUGUAUUUGCAACAAUGGAAACAGGACAGAAAAAAUAAUUUUAGUCAUAUGUUUUCGUUGUUGCAAGUCUUAACGAAAAAGGAACAAGAUAUUUCUAAUCAUUCAUAUACUGCCUUAAAAAAUUGCCUGCUUGCCUGAAGUGGUUAAUUACAUUGCAUUUUUAUGUGAGUAUGACUUGUCAGUUCCUCUGCUCUUUAGUCAAUUGAGCUUGAAGUUACUUGCCUAGCUGGCACUUAAAGGGUGGGGAACUUGUCUCAAAACCUCCAUCUGAAAAUUUUUUUAGCCCUGUUUUUUUUUUACCUGUCUUUGAAGUUAAUAUCUUUUGGCAUGAGCCUGAUAAAUCCCGUCCCCACUGCCAAGGGGCCUGGAUCCAAAAUAUAAUAAUUAUAUUUUACCCAGGCCCCUUGGCAGUGGGAUAGGGGAUUUAUUGAUUUAAGACACUAUUAGGUACAAGGUAAGGUAGAGUAACCUUCCCUACCCUAUUCUAUGGUUAUACAAGGCACGUAGUCACUAAGCAGGUGUAUAUAUGUUACAGGUCAAAUUUGAUUUCAGGUUAUUUUUGAUUUAACCUAGGUUGAUUUUUUUAACCUAGGUUAUUUAUAACAUAGUGUUAUAUAGUCAUGCAGUAAGCCAUGUUACUGGUACAUUGAUAUGUUUGAACUAAACAAAAGGUGAACAAAAAGUGCAUUAAUAUGUGUUGACUUUUAAUUUUUAGUCAUUUUGUUACUGUAAAUAAAUAAACAUAUUUUAGUGGUAGCAAGUCCAUCAAGCGGUUCUUCACCUACCACAUUCAAAAAGCAAUGUGCCACCCCAUAACUGCAGCACCCAUGCACCAUCAUUUUUCUCCAUUAAGGCUGAAGUUUCUUAAAGGAUAAAUAAAAGAUGAAUAAAAAAAAUGCACUUUAUUUGAGUGUCAAUGUAUUUAGCAUGAAAGUGCUAAUUGGGGACAUUAUAUUUUAUGUCUCCUAAUGGAGACGGGACUGCCAUUUUACGUGGUCAUCGGAGGCACGUGAAGGUCCAGCCGCCUGCAGUGCAAAGGGAGUACCUUCAUUUCUCAGUUAUUUUAAGACCCUGAGUAUUUGUCCAGCCCCGGGAAUCGAACCCGCGACCUCCCGCUCUGCAGUCAAGCGCUCUACCGACUGAGCUAAUCCUGCUGUGGUAUAAAAUUAAUAGUAAUAGUCAUCUUCUAAGUUAUAGUGUUGUCAGUUUGGGUUUCACCUUGUAAAUAUCUAUGUUAGGGAGAAAAAGGAGAAACAGGGAAACCCGGAAGAGAUGGAAAUGCAGGUGUUAAGGUAUUAUAAAUAAAUGUACUGCUUUUCAAAUGGAGGUUUUUAGUUUCUGGAUCCAUACAUGUGUAUCUCUCCAUAAAACAUCAGUGGUCAUAUGGAGUGUAGUAAUGUCUUUUGUGUGUUUAAAUUUAGGUUGGACUAAGCAAAAUGAUCAAAAUUAUAACCAGACCAGUUAUCUUUAUUUUGAUCACACCACAGUAUAGAUUGUCUCUAUUUGUUAUUUACCAUCUUCAUCAUCAUCAUUGUCACUCCUUUCUCACAGUUAGCUUUAAUUACUUAUUGUUAUUGUUAUUGUUAUUGUUAUUGUUAUUGUUAUUGUUAUUGUUAUUGUUAUUGUUAUUGUUAUUGUUAUUGUUAUUGUUAUUAUUAUUAUUAUGUUUUUCUUCUUUCACAGUUCGUACUCUCCAGGGCUCUGACAAGCGCCCAGUCUCCUUGGGAGCAGCUGAGGGGAGUCUUUAUUUAAAUGGUAGACAGCACUUUUUGCAAAAUAUGGGCUGUGCCUAGAAGACUCAUCUUUGGGAGUUCUUUGAUAUUGAUGUUCCUAGUGAUUUUUUCCACGUAUUUUCCGAGGCCCGUUUUUAGUAGGCCAAGAGCUGCAAUAACUACAGACACAGUUUCUGUUUUAAGGCUCAUCCUUGAGACUUCGAUCUCUAAAUCCUUAUACUUUGAAAGCUUUUCAAUCACGUUGACAGAUGAUGAUGAUGACGAUGAUGAUUAUUAUUAUAUCUUGUUUAGCAGUUCUUACUGCUCAGAACUCCAAGGAGCUACCAGUUUCCUUGGGAGUGGCUGAGGGGAGGGGGGAGUCGUUAUUAUCUAGUUGGUGAAGAGCGCUUUUUGUAAAAUGUGGCUGAUCUUCUGGAGGUCCUCAACAUUGAUGUUUCCAGGGAUUCUUUUGACGUAUUUUCCCAGGCCCUUUGUAAGCAGGCCAAGUGCUCCUUAUUAUUUCUGUUGUAGGGGGUGAAAGGAGAACCAGGAAUGGAUAAAAACAGUAAUGGUGGUGUUAAAGUAAGUGUAAGUUUCAUGACCUUUUUUUGUCUGUAAGAAAGAACACUUUAACAACCUUAAUCAGUUCUCCAACGUGGAUUUACCUUCAAUCAAAUAUUUCUGGUUUUUUUUUUCUGCCAACUAAUUUUCAGUGUGCAAGACAAAAACGAAGGCACAUGCUUUAUCCAACACAGCGACACACACACCACUCAUUCAAUUUUCGUGUCCCUCACGCUUCUAAAUGUUACAUUCGGCCUGUUAGUAUGUCCGAGCUGGCGCUCGACUAAACUAACUAAACAGAUCGAAUUUUAUUUCUUUAUGGAUUCGUUUCUGGUAUAAAACAAGCACCGUAUGUAACUUUAAGUUUUCUUCUUGUAUCGCUACAGUAAAGGAUAAAGUGUUGAUCAGGUUUUGAAAUUCCCGAGCUCUUUGGCUAUCUAGCAGAAUAUUAAUAUAUGUUCAUUAUAAUUAUAAAUACUUUGUUUGAUAAGGGUGAAAAGGGAUCUCGUGGUGACAAAGGAUCCCAAGGAGAGAAGGGAUCACAAGGACAAAAAGGAAUUUCGGGAACGUGUGAUACAAAGGUAAUUAUUACCUCACAGCUCCCAGAUUUUCACUCUUUAGUGAUAAUUAUCCUUAUUACAAUAAGCCAUAUUAAUUUAAUUACCAUAAACUGCAUGCACGAUCUCUUCCUUUCGGGCCUGUUGUCUUUAAAAGGGAGAAGUGUACGUGAAUAAGCGGUAAAGUUGUGACACGUGACGGUGAGUAUCGAGGUUUUUAAAAAUCAAAUAAAAAUUAGCUUGCAUGUCCUACUAGUCUAAGGAAAGAGGAACAAAAUACAAUGUAAUGCCCGCAGUCUGCCAUAUAUGAUGUUAACGUAAGAUUAGCUCAAUGUCAUCUUGAAAGCAGGAGCCUUAUUACAUCACUUGGUGUCCGAUCAAGGGAGAUUUUCGUCAGAAAAAGUUAUCUGUACAGGUGUUCAACUCUGUUUGCACAUAUAACUACGAUCAUGUACAAUAGUCUUGGGACAUUAUUUGCAUUUGUGCAUUUCAAUUCACACAUACCCAACCCCUACCCCCACCCUACAAACAACGUUGGACGCGUGUCGGCGUGUAUCCAGAAUUUUUCCGAGUUUCAACAUUGUAUAGGGUGGGGGGAGGGAGAACUGCAAAAAAAUUUCGGAAAGGAUGCCCAACGUGUAUUUUAUAAGGGCUUCCAGAAAUUACAAAAUAUUAUGAAUACUGCAUCACUGCACUAGGACUUUUGUCCAGGAGUGUACAUUAGGAGAUUGUUAGCUUUGUUAUUUAUUUGUAUUUUGUUCUUACAACUUAUUUUGCGUUUUAGAGCAAAUCAGGGUGCUGUUUAACCGGUAAGGACAUUAUUUACUACUGUUGCUACGAUGUACAUUUACAUUGAUUCACUAGAAAGAAGAGUUUCCGAAUUUUAAGUUCAUAACACCGUGGCCCAUCUUUGGUCAUUGCAAAACCACAACACAUGAGUAAAUUCUUUUGUCGAUUAAUUCUAACUAGGUUUUUUUAUUGAUAUUAGUUGUUAACGGAGAUGUUCAUCCUUUUUUUCUUGUGCAAGACUGCUCUAUUGGACUCCACUUCUUUGAAAAAGUUCAAGAUCUACCAACCCGAGGAGCUGUAGGUGUGGAACAUUUCACCAUUGAUGGAAGUUUGUUUCUUGCUUUUGCGAACUAUCAUGGGGACAUUAAAAAAUACAAGACAAGUUCCAUGAUCUACAAGAUGGACAACUCAACUGGAAGAUUGUCUUUGUACCAGACCCUACAGACAAGAGGAGCUUUUGACCUGGAAUACUUUUCUAUCGCUAACAAACAUUUUCUUGCUGUCCCUACCCACUACGAUGGAGCAUACCGGGUGGAUUCUACAGUUUAUCAAUGGAAUGGAAAGCUGUUUGUCGACUUUCAGAAAUUAUCAACAAACGGAGCAAGCGACUUCACCUAUUUCAAGGUAAAUGGGGAUAGUUAUCUCGCAGUAGCCAACUACCAUGAUGGAAGUACCCAUUCUAUAAAGUCAGUUAUCUACAAAUGGAGCAGCGGCAAGUUUAACAGAUUUCAAGACAUAUCAACUGAAGGUGCCCUGGAAUGUGCGGCGUUUGUGAUAAACGGUGACACGUUCAUCGCUUUUGCAAAUCAUUACAACUCCCAACACAAGCAUUCUGUUCAGUCCACUGUGUUCAAGUGGUCAGGAGGUCGCUUUGUUAAACUGCAGUCUCUUCAGACUUACGGAGCGCACGAUGUGAAGUCUUUCAACGUCAACGGUCACACUUUCCUCGCUUUUGCCAACUACUACUCUGUAAGUAAGCACAAAACCGAUUCUUUCAUUUACAAGUGGAAUGGUAACAAGUUCGUCCUGUUCCAGUCCAUUCCUACUCGAGGAGCCAUCGCAUUGUGUCCAUUUGUGAUCAGCGGUCAAACCUACCUUGGUGUGGCUAAUCACUAUGGUGACAGUCAGAAGUACAACACCAAGUCAGUUGUGUACCAGGCCUCUGGAGCGCAGUUCAUCAAGUACCAAGAGAUUCCAACAAAUGGGGCGCGUGGUAUGACGUCAUUUGAGUACAAAGGUCAUACUUACCUUGCAGUGGCAAACUACUACAAUCGCCGGAAGCACAACAUAAACAGCGCCCUGUACAAGUGGAUUUAGAGCAGGAGGCCAUAAGGUCAGGUCCAAGCAAAGAAGAUAUUUUGUGUAGUGAAGAACUAAAACAUUCCAAUUGCUAAUCUUAGUAAUAACGGGAACUUUAAGCGUAAUAAUGUCUAUCCGUUGAGAAGGGGUUUUUAUAGGAAGGGACUGAUACAAUAACGUCAGUUUUUUGGUUGAUAUAGUGAAAUGUUAGGAAACAGCUUUAUUAUCGCGGCGAUUAGUUGCAAUAAAGAUGUGCUUGGAACACU